GGGAGUUACUGUACGGAUGAAAAUGUACUGUACAAAUGUCAUUGUAGGUCCUCAAAUACAUUCCGUGUUUUUGUGCUCUCUUACGAGUUUAGAGGGAACAGUCAGGAAAACAAACAGGUCGAACGAAGAAAUAUCAGUAACCGGUCUGUUGAAGAGGUUAUUUCACGGGGAAUGGCUUGUUUUCAUGCAUUUGUUAAUCCAUGCAUGUAGCUUUUUUCUACACGUAUUCGUGCUUUCGAAUAUCGUUCGUUUUGACCCGUGCUAGCAGCAGAGUAUGUUGCCGCUUUCUAACAUUUGGUUAGGGUUUAUGGAGCACGUAGUCUAUCCGCUGCGGUGUUGUGUUUUUCAUGUCAGUGUUUAUCAAUUCUAACUCGACGUCCAUAGAUAGACAUUGACCGCUUUCCACUUUAAAUUCGGUGCUAUAAAUUGAUCGCUAUGCAUACGAGGCGUUUGGUGAAGCGUUCAAUCCUGGGGAGCCGGGUGUAUGCGCCGAGUCCGACUGGGGACGGGGCUCCGUUGACAGGACUGGUACAGGCUGUCAAGCAGGAAAACAGAGACGCUUCAACCGGACCUCGGCGUAACGUCUACACGGUACUAAUGCAAGACGGAAGCCUGAAAGAAUUCUCCGAGGACGAGAUAGCCGUGGGCUUCAACCAAAAGGCCGCGAAAGGACCGCUCAAAUCCAGCUUGAAGCAGAGCUCCAGUAAUGGCCGGGGGGACGGGACUCCACACCAGGGCCAGAACGGGGAGAGCAACUCCCUGAGCCCAGAUGCGGUGGAGGGGGAGCGGGCAGUGGAUGGCAGGAGGACAGGGCGCACCUUGGAGGGUCCUGAGAGGGACCACACCCGCUCUGUCUCCCUGCUGGACCAGAAACGUAAGGUGGUGUCAUCCAGCAUCGAUGUGCCCCAUGCCAGGAAGUCAGAGGAGGAAGUGGACAUGGACAAGGUGACAGCUGCCAUGGUUCUGACCAGCCUGUCCAGCAGUCCACUGGUCAGGAGCCCCCCAGUCAAAGUUAGUGAGGGUCUGAAUGGCUCGUGGAAGGAGAGUGGUGUGGGCUUCACCCCCUCCAGUUACAGCAGUAGUGGCUAUUGGAGCUGGAGCGGCCCUAGUGACCAGUCCAACCCGUCCACCCCCUCCCCUCCGCUAUCUGCAGACAGCUUCAAGCCCUUCCGCAUGUCCAGCGUCAACGGCCCACCCCCCGACGACGCCAUCGACGAACAGGAUGGCAGCAGCCUGCUCUUCGACGAGCCAAUCCCACGCAAGCGCAAGAACUCCAUGAAGGUGAUGUUUAAGUGUCUGUGGAAAAACUGUGGGAAGGUUCUGAGCACAGCUGCUGGGAUACAGAGACACAUCCGGACCGUUCACCUGGGGCGUAACUGUGACUCUGACUGCAGUGACGGAGAGGAGGAUUUCUACUACUCGGAGAUCAAACUCAACACAGACUCAGUCGCUGACGGUCUGAGCAGCCUGUCCCCCGUCUCCCCCUCCGUACUCUCCCCCAUCUCUCCCCCCCAUGACCACCACAGACGACCCCCUGCAGAAGGCAGCAACGGGACCAAUGGGAACAAGGAUAAUCACAGCCACACCCACUCCAACAGCACGCCCCUCAGUCGCUCUGCCCCCAGCGCUCUCUACCUCAUCCACGCAGAGCACGCUUACCAAGCCACAGCUCCAGUCACCAUUCCCUUCUCUGGCUCUGCUGCCUCAGGCUCUGCUGCCUCAGGCUCUGCUGCCUCAGGCUCUGCUGCCUCCACCUCCUUCACCCCCAGCAGCAGCUCGACCUUCAGUAUCUCCUGGCAGUCACCACCUGUCACCUUCACUGGCACUGCUGCAUCUCCCACCCACAGUCGGACACAGAGCUUUGGGGAACAGCGGUCCCAGACAAUAGCAGUCCUCUCCUCCCCUCCCAGAGCCACUGGCUCACUCAGCCGUAAGUCCCGUGGUGAGGGUAAGAAGUGUCGUAAAGUGUACGGAAUGGAGAACAGGGACAUGUGGUGCACUGCCUGCAGAUGGAAGAAAGCCUGCCAGAGAUUUACCGACUGAACCAACCAAGUAACCGACCAACCGUGAGGGUUCCCCGUGGGAACCAGGGGUGCUCCGUUCUGUUCCCGUCCUACGCAUGCGUUGUCACACCCUUCUACAGUCCUGGUCCACUCCACCCCAACCCCUCCUGCCCCACCCCAGCAGGACCAAGGGGGUGGAGCCUCCUACUGUUCUGAGUAUAUCCCAAGAACUCCAGCUCCCUCCCAAGACUUCCAACCGGGGAACAAAUAUAAUCUCGGACCUAAUUGUCAGGUCAGUUGAAGGGACCAGAGAAGAGGCAAAUUUUGUUCCAGAACGUCUCAAUAUUUUUUUUAAAUUGAGAUUGGGCUUUUUUGGCUUUGAGAGAAGGUCAUAAUAAAAAGAGAAGGGGGAAAAUCAUUGUUUCCCAUGUAGACUCCUUCUUUCCCCACUGGCCUGCUUCUUCUACUGGGUGCUCUGGAUCUCUACAACCACAGGCCCCCUCUCUUCCCCGUCCUCACCCCAGGGAAUGUAUCUUGUGUCUGGACUCGGCAGGGGGAAGAGGGAGGGGUGGAUAGCACCCCCUAGUGGGGUUAAAUGGAUCAAUGCAACAACAGCAAAAAUACAAAUACACAUUCGGGGUGCAGAACAGACCAACCUUGCCAGCAGCAAUGAGCCCUACACCCCAACACUGCAUCACAACCGCAACACAGGCCCACACAGUUUUCUAUCUACAUUUUAUAUAUAUAUAUCCAGUUGACUGAAGCUAAAAAGGGUCAUUUUCUUUCAGGGAGUGUUGAUCAAAAGAAAGGAAACAUUUCAAUAUAGUUAUUUACAGUGAGGGUUUUGGUCACAUGAUAUUUACUUGCAACCAAAAAGUGUAUUUUUUAUUUUUUUUUAGGUGCCAUUUUCCCGAAUGUUGUUAUUUCUCUGUAUCUAUUCUUAUUGGUGUAUUGAAAGCACAAAAAGGACUGUUUUUGCUCACUAAGAACUCAAAACAUUACACCCCUCCCACACACUUUGGGGCAAAACGAUCAACCGACUUAAAAUGGGUCUGCAUACAAGUUCCCCUCUUCUUCCAUCCGGAGUUAGUUUGUAUUUCUAGCGGUUUGUUUACGGGCGCCAUACUUUACCAAAGCCCGUAGGUCCCCUACAAGAUGGAGGGUAUCCGCUCAAUUUUCCCUUUCCUUUCCAAUACCAAAAGUGAAGCAAGAACUUUUAUUGUAUGUGUGUGACGUGAAUGAACACUUGCAAAGGCAGUAUGUGGCAGUUCCUGUUGGGUCGGGGUGAACAUCUCACUCUCUCUCACCCUACUCACUCUUGUGUUGACCUUCCAGGUCUGAGAGAAUAUUGGUGAAGUGGUGAAGUAAGCAUGGUAACAUCACCUGUACCAUACUGUGACCGGUCCAGCCCAGACCUCCUUGUUGGAAAAUGGGAAGCUUUUUGGGAGAUUUCUUUAACUCGGCACACUGCACUCACUCCAGCUCGGCCAGCACAUCACUCUAUGGGCUUCAUAAGUAGUAAGAAACUGUGUGAUUGAUGGGUGGCAGAGGCCGGUCCACUGGUGCAGCUCCCUGAUUGGUUAUGUGGACCUGGCUGUCCUCACCCACUCCACUUCCUCCUGAUGAGACUGGCCACCUGGUUGGCUUGGACGCGGGAGGUUGACUCACUUGGACGCGGGGCAUUACUGUACGUGGUGGAUUAUGAACUCUUAUGGAAUCACUCUGUUGUCACCCAGCUAGUUCUCUCUGUCUGUUAGCUCAGACACUCUGGCUGUUCUAAGGCUGCGCACCGCAAGUGUGGACUUGCAGAUUUCCGCUCAUGGAUUUAACAAUGGUGUGAACUCUCUCCUGCCAGUUUUUACACCAAUCCUAUGCUUUUAAAUCCAUGAAUGGGAGUAUGCACAUUUCGGGACACAGCCUGAAACUCUUAUAUGAAGGUCAAUAUAACAAGGUCAAAGAAGUACACACGAAGAAAGAAGUCAACACACAGUCCAACACCAGCUAUAUAAACACACUAGUAAACCCACUCUGUUCACAACCCAACUUCCUCCGUACCUCCUCCGGGAUUAUAUAGCCUUUAUAUCUCUCAACCCUUUUCUAUUUUUGUCUUUUUAUCAGAAUGUUUAUGUAGAUGGAGCUCUGAUUUGACUGUUUAUUAAGUUAAAUGUUAUCCACUUUAAAAAUCUAUCCUCCACCCAAUGGACAAGUUCAGUAUAACGCCAAGAAGGGUGACCAUAGUUUCAGUGUUGUAUCAUUCAUUCAAGUGCAGGCUAAACCAAUGUUGUUGACAUGGUAUGGCCUCGGUCGCACAUUCAAAGUCACUGUGCUUUUAAAUAAUGUCAUUGGAGUUUCUGCAAGAUUAAACUAUAUUUAGAUCAGUGAUGGGCCCCUGGUAGCCCACUGCCCCCCUUCUGAAGGCCCUCGGAUACAUUUUUGGGGGAACUCAGUCGGGUCUCAACUUCCUGUUGGGAGUUAGAAUAGUAGAAUACAUCAGGUGCAAUUUCAACAUGUGGUUGUGCAUCAGCAGUUUCUCUCUUAUGUCAGUCACUCAUACUCACUCAAUUAGCCUAUAUCAGCUAAAAUGUUUAGCGGCCAGUUAUCUAGACUUGUUAUGAUGGUGGAAUUACUGGCCGGGGGCCCCUCCAUUGAUUUUGUUAGUCAGUCUCACUCAGAUAUAUCAUAUUAAAUCCUGCAAACAUUUCUCUCCACCCUAUGGAAAAUGUCUAGAAUUGCAGGAAAUUAGAUGCAAAACAUCAAAAUCUUCUCUCCACCCUAUGGCAAAUGUCUAGAAUUGUACGAAACUCACAUUUUAAAAAAUCUCUCUCGUCUGUCAAGAAUGUUUUGCUCGCGGUGUGGGGGUAUGGAUGUGUGUACGUAGACCUCCCCACCAUCAUCAUCGUUGCCCAUCCCUGACCCAGAUGAUCUAAAACUGCCAUUUUAUUAUGUCAACGGAUUGUUGUUUUAAAAAGACUCAUGUACACAUGCUUACGGAGGAACAGAUGGAUCUGUCUGUUCUACUGCUAAAGGAAGACUGUGGUUAUUGUAACCGUGCAGCUCUUAGGAGAGUACUGUCAGCUUGUUUUGUUACAGUAGGUGAACCCCACAACCUAAUACCCAAAUGCUCACUCGCUCUCUUUCUCUGUCUCUCUGUCUCUCUCUCUGUCUCUGUCUCUCUGUCUCUCUCUCUCUGUCUCUCUCACACACACACACACACACACACACACUGUAACCCUCUAUAAUAUCUAUCUGCCAGUGUCAUUUAGCAGUUGGAGAAAGACACCUGAUUAAAAACAUUUGUCUUAUAUGCAAUAGCAUUCUCUUCAACCUUAUAAAGUUGUCAUACCCUCAAUUAGCUUGACGUGUGUGUGUGUGUGUGUGUGUGUGUGCGCCUUUAGGCUAGUGUGUGGGCCCAUGCACCCCCCCCCCCGGGAAUCUAUUGUGUUAUCUCCAACUCCAUGCCCUGUUACUUACACUGUGGUGCUUUUUCAAAUUGUGUUCAAUAAGCGGUAUUAGAAAUAGCAUUCUAGAUUCUAUUUCUAUGUCCCCGUUGUUGUGUGGAGAUUGUGUCAGCCUCUACGGGGCUGAGGCUGGGUUACUUAGUGGUGCUGUGCACUCAGGUAGCAGGGAAUGCAGGGGUGCACCUUUUGUCCAAUGCAAUUUCACAAUAAUGUCCUAUGGCCUCUGUUACACUGUAGUAGAACAUGAAAAUAAAACACCUGGGUCGAGGCAAAUCUCUCAACAGAGAACUUGGUGUGUCGUCACCAACACUGUGGUUUUUCCUCUCCUAUCACAUUAUAGCAUCUCCUAUCACAUUAUAUUAUGUACCGUCUCGUAUCAACGUGUUGUAGCUUAUUUCAGUAGAUAUCAACCGACCAGAUUCCAAUUCUACCAGAUAUAGUGCUGAACAUAGUGGAAAUGCAAAGUUAAAAUGUUGUUCACGUGUAAUAGAUAAUGAUGUUUUUUUAAAUACAUCAUAUAGCUACAGUGUUAUUGAGUUAAGACUGGUUUAAACCCAGUUGUUGUAUGAAAGGUCCAUCCACCCGAUAAGUCUACAUUACGUUGCCUUUCUGAAACAUAGUUUUCAGCUAGUUGUGGUAACUGUGUUUAACUGUCAUGCGACUGAAGAAACUAGGAUAUAAUGUAUGAUCCACCGGAUUUCCCUAAAGGCGUCAGGUUCAAUGAUAUCAUCCGUUAUUUACAUCACAGUAGAACGGAACAGAAGGGAGCUGAAUGGAUGGAAUCUGAGGGAACAGCCAUAGUAGAAUGAUUUGUUUGCUUCAUUCAGUCGGCCCUGGGAAACGGCUUCUCACUAUGAACACGUGUUAGAGAAGCCAGGUGUGUUCAGCAGGACGCAAUGUUUUGGAACGUUCAGAUAGCAAUAUGUUAUGUUGAAGAAAUAUGCCUCUGACAUGUAGUAGAAUAAGGAAGCGCAUUGGCUCUAUUCAUGGCAUUUCUAUCUGCAACAUUAGAAAACAUUGGACAACUGAACAUGGCCUGUAGGAGUUCCCUGUAGUGGCUAAGUGGGUGACAUGAAUACAUAUUAGGAACAUGGGGAUGUGGAGUGCACCAGUGGUGGGUCGAUCAUAAAGGGCUUUUGUUCUCUUGGGUUUAUAUGCUGCUGCUCCUGCCGUUAAGGGGUUGGGCUCCCUGUUGAUUUUAGUCGGAUUAAAACAAGGCAGCAGCAUUCAAAUGGAAGCGUGACAUCAAGCUAUAGCAUUAUGAUGAGGAGGAUCCCCAACAGAGCAAACAAACAUGUACCCGGAGACAUACAGGGUGCCCGGAUACAUACAGGGUACCCGGAUACAUACAGGGUACCCGGAGACAUACAGGGUACCCGGAUACAUACAGGGUACCCGGAGACAUACAGGGUACCCGGAGACAUACAGGGUACCCGGAGACAUACAGGGUACCCGGAUACAUACAGGGUACCCGGAUACAUACAGCGUACCCGGAUACAUACAGGGUACCCGGAUACAUACAGGGUACCCGGAUACAUACAGGGUACCCGGAUACAUACAGGGUACCCGGAUACAUACAGGGUACCCGGAUACAUACAGGGUACCCGGAUACAUACAUACAUACAUACACGGAUACAUACAUACAGUACAUUGUCUCUCACUACCAGCGAUCUCCUCUCCAUGCUGAGGGCAGUGUGAUGGAUUCUGAGGCUAUGGGCUGAGAUUAGUUAUAGUUCAAGUUUUGUAACAAAGUCUAAAGGGAAGUUUGUGCAUAGUUUAGAUAAGCUAAGUGGUCUUUACAAUGUCCAUAUGUUUAGUGAUAUUCCAGCCGUACCCAGUUAGCCCUAUCCUGGAUCUGACCUUCAAACCACUUCUUUUGAUUAGCCAGGUAGUUAGUGCUAGCGCCUGGCAGGGGUCUUCUCUCUGGCCUUCUAGGGCUUUUGUAUCUGCCCCUAGCUUCGUCCCUCUCUCCUCUGUCACUCUCCUCCCUCCCUAGCUCCGUCACUCUCUCCUCUGUCCCUAGCUCCAUCACUCUCUCCUCUGUCCCUAGUGCCGCCACUCUCUCCUCUGUCACUCUUUCCUCCCUCCCUAGCUCCGUCACUCUCUCCUCUGUCCCUAGCUUCAUCACUCUCUCCUCCCUCCCUAGCUCCGUCACUCUCUCCUCUGUCCCUAGCUCCGUCACUCUCUCCUCUGUCCCUAGCGCCGCCACUCUCUCCUCUGUCACUCUCUCCUCCCUCCCUAGCUCCGUCACUCUCUCCUCUGUCCCUAGCUUCAUCACUCUCCUCCCUCCCUAGCUCCGUCACUCUCUCCUCUGUCCCAAGUUCCAUCACUCUCUCCUCUGUCCCUAGCUCCGUCACUCUCUCCUCUGUCCCUAGCUCCAUCACUCUCUCCUCUGUCCCUAGUGCCGCCACUCUCUCCUCUGUCACUCUUUCCUCCCUCCCUAGCUCCGUCACUCUCUCCUCUGUCCCUAGCUUCAUCACUCUCUCCUCCCUCCCUAGCUCCGUCACUCUCUCCUCUGUCCCAAGUUCCAUCACUCUCUCCUCUGUCCCUAGCUCCGUCACUCUCUCCUCUGUCCCUAGCUCCAUCACUCUCUCCUCUGUCCCUGACUUGCCUAGUGAAAUAAAGGUAAAAAAAAUAUAUAU